AUGCGGCUUCUUACCUGGGUCACCUGGUUAUCAAUUUCCUUGCUUGGAGCUGUUGAUGCGGCUGCCAGCGAUACCUCAGGUGUCGUAGAAGUGGACCUGGUCUUUCCGCGCAACGACACAUAUGCACCAGCGCCAUAUGUGCCCAUCGUCUUUGCUGUUCAAAACCCCGAACUCGCAUCAUCGCUUAGUUUGCGGCUCGGAUUCGAAGUCUGGAAUAUGACAAACGGCUCAAAGGUUGACGAGGGAAGCUUCGGCGACUACUAUGAGAGUAGUUCCCUCAACUGGACAAACACGUCUAGCUCCGACCCGGAGCUCGUAUAUCGCCACUACACCGAGUUCAACACGGAGGGCAAAUGGAGCUUAGUCUGGAACCUGAUCUGGUCUAAUUGCACAUAUGAUCCUCUUCGGGAGAUAUAUUAUCAAAAGGGCCAAUCGCAAACCUCAGGCAUCACAUUUACUACGAAGAAGACUGCGCAGGGUAUUGAUCUUGUCGACGCAACAAAGAACCAGAGUUGCUCUGAAAAUCAGGGAAUAGCUUUCAAUGUUGUGGAUACUACGAAAGUUACCGGAGGCUCCUACGGCGUGGGCGAACAGUGUGCAGUCUUGGACAAUUCAACCGUCACUCCCACUCCCUGCCGAGUCAAUAUCGAUUCUACCGCUGCUUCAAGCAUUACAGCGGCAUUGACGGCAAGCCUCUGCUCUGAUGAGUAUAGAAUGUGGGUUGAGGCUGGAAGGGCUCAAGAGCCAGAGAUCAGUUGCCCUGCAGAUGAGAGUGCCGCCCAGCAACUCCUUGUUGGGGGUAUAACAUGUUUGAUAGCUGCGAUUGGAGCAUUGAGCUACCUUCUCGCAUGA